AUGCCAUCAACAGCAACUGAUGAAACACCUCUGACCUGUGGGACACACUUGUAUGUGAUGCCAUCAACAGCAACUGAUGAAACACCUCUGACCUGUGGGACACACUUGUAUGUGAUGCCAUCAACAGCAACUGAUGAAACACCUCUGACCUGUGGGACACACUUGUAUGUGAUGCCAUCAACAGCAACUGAUGAAACACCUCCGACCUGUGGGACACACUUGUAUGUGAUGCCAUCAACAGCAACUGAUGAUGAAACACCUCUGACCUGUGGGACACACUUGUAUGUGAUGCCAUCAACAGCAACUGAUGAAACACCUCUGACCUGUGGGACACACUUGUAUGUGAUGCCAUCAACAGCAACUGAUGAAACACCUCUGACCUGUGGGACACACUUGUAUGUGAUGCCAUCAACAGCAACUGAUGAAACACCUCUGACCUGUGGGACACACUUGUAUGUGAUGCCAUCAACAGCAACUGAUGAAACACCUCUGACCUGUGGGACACACUUGUAUGUGAUGCCAUCAACAGCAACUGAUGAAACACCUCUGACCUGUGGGACACACUUGUAUGUGAUGCCAUCAACAGCAACUGAUGAAACACCUCUGACCUGUGGGACACACUUGUAUGUGAUGCCAUCAACAGCAACUGAUGAAACACCUCUGACCUGUGGGAGGUGA